ACCAGAAAGGUCACUUAAAUCGCAUUUGCAUAUUGUGUGUGAUUGUGUGUACUACCAUGUGCUUUGUUUUUGGUGUGAUUUAAAUUAUUAUCAUUUAUAAUAAAAGUUGUCUUAAAAAAAAGCACUACAUUCAUAAUUUAUAAAUAAAUUAAAUUAAUUCAUACUAACUGUAAAGUUUGUGUCACCAACUCAUCAUAUUUUUGUUUUGUGAAAGUGUACAAUGAAUUUUAACUAGAAGAUUUAUUCAUUUGAGUUCAAUGACCUGUUGAUAUUUUACUGAAUCAGUUCGGGGUUUUCAUAAUUAUGUUAAACAUUGAGACCAUUAUAAUUAUCUUUGGAAUUAUAUUUUCAAAAGUUUAAACACGUGUAUUUUGAAUGCCUCUACAUAACCUUGAAACAAUCUAGUAGUGAUGUACUGCUUGAGGACGAAGAGACAAGUAAUAGUUUAUUAUCUGCUGUCCGUGAAGGAGAAAUAAAAAUAGUGAAACAUUAACUCAUACAAUUUAGUUUAUAUUAAUAACUUGGAACGUUACAUUGGGAGAGAAAAAAUUGAAUUCAAAUUGAUAUACAUUACCCAACAAUUCUGUCGUGAAAAAUCGUAUCGAGAUUGUGAAUAUUACCUUGAAAUAAAUCCUUCCAAGACACCGCCAUAUUUUGCAGUUCAAAACAGCAUUAGAGAAGUUGUUAGAAUGUCUUUGACCAACGGAGCACAUGUUUACAUUCAAAAUAAUCAUGGAAAUACAGCACUCCAUCGUGCAAUAAAAGAAAAUCAGUUCAAUGCUGCUAAAUUACUGAUUUCCAGUCAAGGAAUUGAUGUUAACGUCAUAGAUGAUGACGGAAUGACGCCAAUUCAUCUUGCGACUGCAAGAGGAUAUUUAGACAUUGUCCAAUAUCUUUUAUCAAACAGGGCCUGUAUAGAUGUACCGUGUACUUCAAAUUGGAAAAAUGGCUAUACUCCUCUUCAUCUGGCUGCUGAAAGUGGUAACGAAGAAAUAACGUCAUUAUUAUUGUGGAACGGUGCAAAUGCGAAUAGUAAGGCUCUGAAUAGUUUAACUCCACUUCAUCUUGCCGCUGAAAGAGGACAUUUACGAAUAGUUGAGCUCCUAUUGGACUAUGGAGCUUUUAUUGAUUGCGCACAUACAUCAGCACUUAGAUUUCGUUGUACACCAUUGCAUUUUGCUGUUGAAAAUGGUUACGCAAAAGUUGCCGAAUUUCUUGUAAACAAAGGCGCUAAUGUUAAUGUCAAGCGAAGGGGUAAUGAUACGCCUCUUCUUGUGGCAGCAGAAAGAGGGCACUUGGCAAUUGUCCAAUGUUUGUUAAAACAUGGGGCGCAUAUCAAUGGAACUUACGUUGAUGAAGGAAAAGCUGGAUAUACGCCACUACAUAUUGCUUGUAAAAAUAAUCAUGAUGAUGUUGUUGAAUAUCUGCUGAGUGAAGGCGCUGAUUCAAAUCUUAUUGCCAGAGACAAUUUAACGGCAAUUCACCUUGCUUCGAUGAAUGGCAAUGAUAAAAUUCUUAUACUUCUUUUGGGUUAUGGAGCUGACGUUAACAUUUGUGAUACUAAUAAGAAACCAAUAUAUCACAAUUUAAUACUUUCUGCUAUUAAAGAAGGACAUUUAAAAAUAGUUAAAUAUCUUUUAAUUCAUAAAGUUCUUCAGAAUAACCUAAAAAGAGUACCGACUAGAAUCUGUAAUUUAUUCAUACAUUGUGCAGUUCAGAAUAAGCGAGAGGAAAUAGUAAAACUUUUAGUUGCUUACGGUGCAGAUGUAAAUGCUAAGGAUAAAUUUGGAAAACCAGUACUAUUUUAUGCUAUAGAAAAUUGUAAUUUAAAAAUUGUUGAAUUACUUAUGAAAAGUAGAAUAAGAGUCGAUAAUGUUGAUAAAAAAAAUAGAACGGCGCUCCACGUGGCUUGUGAAAAUGGGCGUUUAUCGAUUGUCGAACUGCUUUUACAAAAUAAUUUUGACGUUAAUAGAACGUGUAAAAAAAAUUAUACUCCACUGGACUAUGCUUCAGCAAGUUACCGUUUCUCAGCUUUUAAUUUUCCUGAGGGUUCUGAUCGCGAGUUAAUAAUUGAGGCUCUGAAGCAGCAUAUAAUUAAACUAAAAAUAGCAAAUUUAUAUGUGUCCGAAAAAAAUUUGUCAUUAGUUAUUCUUGACGACAGAAUGAUGAGAUUUCAAACAAUGUGUGAAAACGAAAUAGAAAAUAUGAAAACUGAAAAAGUUGGUAGUAGUAAUGUAUCUUUUUAUGAUAUUUUGACAAAAAGUACAAAUCAAUUAUCAAUGUUUGUAAGAAAUGAAAGUAUAUUCGAAACUUUGAGUUCAAAUAAUUAUAAAAGAGAUUUUUUGAUUUAUGGAAAUAUUAUAAGUCAUUGUUUUUCAAAAGGAUUAGAAAGAUUUAAAUUAGUAGAACAAGGAAGUCAAUGUUUUCACACUAUAUUUGAUAAUUUUGACAAAUUACCUUAUAAUUGCACAAAGAAGAUAUAUGAUUUUCUUGGGGAUUCAGAUUUUAUAAAUUUAAUAAUUGCUUGCAAGUCUCACAAUUAACCAAAUCAUCGAUAAUUAUAUCUAUGAAAUAAAAUCUAAAUAUUCAUAGGUUAUUUCAAGUAUCUAUGAGAAUUGAAUAGACAAUUUUUUUAAUCAUGAAAAGAUUCUUAAUAUAUUGGAAAAAUAUAUUUUUAAGAUUAAUAUUCAAUCAGAAACUUGGAACGCUCCCGAGAAAUUCUGAUUGAAUGUUUUAAUUUGAUAGAACUCCGAUUGAGUUUCAUUCAGAUUCAACCGAAAUUAGUUGGAAUUUUUAAUCAGGGUUCUCUCUUGUAACUUCACGGCAGAAAAUGAACCACAACAUCGGUCAAAAAUUCUUACGCGGUAGUAUAGAAUCGGGAAAACAGAUUUGUCUGAAAAUAAAAAUCUGUAUAACUAGUUUUCUACAAAUAUAAAAUAUAAAAAUAAAAAAAUGUAAAAAAAAUUAAAUAUUUAAAAAUAUAUGGAUAUUAAUAAAACGUAAAAUUAUAAAUAUGUACACAGAAAAAAAGGAUAUCUUGGCGCAAGAAAUUUUUUCUUGCCGCAAGAAUGUUUUUUGCAAUUUUCAAUGAAAACGAAAAUUUUCUUGGUUCAAGAACAAAAUUCUUUUAAAUUUAGUCAUCUUGGCAUAAGAUUUUUUUUUUAUUCAACCGAUAUAAUAUAUGUUUCUUGAAGUAAGAAAUAUUUUCUUAAAGUGAGAAAAAUAAAUAUUUUGCCCCAAUAUAUAAUCAACUGUCCGAAAAGUAAAAUAUUCUUUGUUUAAGAAUAAUAUAUUUUGAGUCGAGAUAAUUUGUGACUCGAGUCAAGAAUCAAAAGUACUCGACUCAAUGGUAAGAAAUAUCUUGGUUCAAGUAUUUUGUUGUGUUGCGGCGAGUAAGCGUAGACGUUUGAACCAACAGCAACUACGUUCACGGCCCAACGCAAAAAUUCUCUUGGGAAAGCUAACUGUACUAUACUAAAGUAGCGGUAGUGUAGGCUCUUCAUUGUACAGUGUGCUUACUGGAUAUAGGUUAAGUAAACGAACGUUCAGGGAAUGAUCGGAUAGCAUAACUGGUAAAGCUCUCGCGUGAUGCCGAAUCGGUCUGGGUUCGAUUCCUACCAUGAGCAAACCAUUUAUUUUUUCUUAAGUUGUUCAUAAACCAUUAAUCGAGGAUGUUUAUUUCUUAUCCCCUCUACUGCCGUAUCGUGAUAUUCUGAAUAUACACAUAUAAUUUCCUGCUUUACAACAUUUAAUAUUUAUACUAGGUUAAAUUCACUCAAAAAUAUAGGACGAUAUACUUUUUCAAGUAGAGUCAUUUAUUUUCUUGAAUCGAGACUACAUUUUUUUUAAGUCAAGAAAAAAAAUCAUCAAUGGGAGAAUUUUAUGUCUUCCGUGAAGUAAAAAUUUGCUUUGAUUCAAGAAAAGUUAUUUUAUUAAGUUAAGAUUAUAAUUUAUUUAAAUCAAAAUUAAAAUUUUCUCAUUACAAUAGACCGUUGUCUUGAAUCGAUAAUGUAGUUUUAUCAAACUGAGAGUAAAUGUUCUUCUGCCACGCAAAAAAAGUUCUUGGUUUGAGAUGUUGAUAUAUAUUGUGACAAUUUACUAUACUCACCAACCAAGACAGAAAAGUAUCUUGUUUUGAUAGUUUUUUUUACUUGGUUGGAAACAAAAUAAAUUUGAUUUAAAAUAAUUAUUCUUGAAUCAAGAUUAUUUAACUUGAAUUAAAAUUUAUUUAUUCUUGACACAAUAUUUUUAUAAUAUUAGUCGAAGAAAAUGUUCUCGGAUUAAAAAAACCGAAUUACUCAGCCCAAGAAUAAAAAAAUGAAGGCAAAAAUUAUCUUGGGCCAAGUCAACCUUUUUUUCUGUGUAUGGUAGAAUAAAUGAAUAAAAAAAAGACCCUGUAAAAAAAAAUCUGAAAAAUAAACUGGGGUCAGCCCCAAAACUUCCCGCUGUUUUCGAGCUCAGGGAGCUCGGAAACAUUAUUACUCUUCGAGCUCAAAAAUUUAAUAGGCUGGUAAAGCAUACCUUUACUGAAAAAUUAUAAUUUUUGUCCGACGAUAUCUUUAGAGUGAAUCAAUCGAUUUGAACGUUCUUGGUGGCAAUCGAAAGGGUUCACCAAGAGUUAGUACUGAUCAUAUUUUGAGGUAAAUCGGGCAAGUGGUUUAUGAGUUAUAUGCAAAAAACCAAAAACAAAAAAAUUUUUAUUUUUAUUCUUCGUAUAACUUGUAAACUACAUAACCGAUCUACCUCAAAAUCUAAUCAAUUCUAAGUUUUGGUGAGCUCUUUCGAUUGCAACCAAGUACGUUCAAAUCGGUUAAUUCAUUCCAAAGAUAUCGUCGGACAAAAAAAAGAUCACACAUACACACGGACGUCCAUUUGGGAAUAGUCAGAAUAUCUUCCUAGGACCUCAAAACGUCGACAUCUGAUGAAAUCUCAAUUUUCGAAAAUCAGACCGAAACCAAUAACUUCCUUUUUUUUGAAAAUUUCAAAUUUUCUUAGCGGGAAGUUAAAAAUCUCUAGAUUUAUGUCACUAAAAAAAAUUCACUAUAAAAAAAAAAGUUUUACAAAUAAAGAUUUGCAUAACUAAACAUGUAUACAAAAAAAUUAUUUAAAAAUGAAUAUCUUUUAUGUAAAUAAAAUAUCUAUAAAAAAUCGACGGUUUUUGAACAUCUCUAUAGAAUAUGACAUUUAUAAUUAACUCUUCAGCUCCCGUAUUAGAGCAACGUAAAAUAUUACCCGCGUGAUGGAAAAAGUCUCACGCUUCGACGUAUCGUAAAUUUUAAGUUAAAUAAAACAAAAAUAUUAUGCACUCCCAGUAAUGACGUAAUUAUAAUUUAUUUUAAUAUUUCGCUUGUUUUUAUUUUUCAUCUUUUAAUUAUGUGAGUAAUGACAGAUGUAACGGCUGAAAAAAAUGGCGGUGAUUACCGAAAAGAUUCGGAAUUGAGCCGAACUGUAUUAAUUUUUAUGCCUUAAUUUACUCGCGUGAUAAGAAAAAGUUUCAUGGCUUUUUAAAAUAAAUCUUUCAAAAAUAUUUUUUACGUUCGAAAUAAUUUUUAAAUUUCAAAAUCAUAAAAUUUUAUGAAGAUUAGCAAAUCAACAAUGGUUUAAUUGGAGUUGACUACAAUUUUCCAAAUACCUGUGACACACUUAAGUUCAUAACAUUCAUAUGGAAGUGACUCCAACAUGAAUAAUUUUAUUAUAUCCUUAAAUAAAAUAUAUCUCUUUCUCGUCAGUAGUUUACCUACACUCGUAGAUGUAAAUUCUUCUUGAAUAAUAUAAUGUAUAUAUAAAUAUAAUUUUUGUGAUUAUUUGUUAAUUUAAAAAAUAAUAUGAAGAAUAUCAUCCUCCUUGACAAGAGUCUGGUCGGGCACUUCUUUGUUUAGAGUUAGUCGUAACAUAUAUAAGAGUCGGAUACUUCUAUUACCCUGAUUAAAAAUACUCAUUGACAAGUAUUGAAAAAGAUGAGAAUUGAAUAAAUCCUAUUCCAAAAGGUUUUCAUCUGGACAUAAAAUUAAUACUUUUCAAUUAUGUUGAAUCUAAAAAUAAUAUAAGAGUUUCUAAACUUCCAAAGAAUUUAAAAAGAUUCGAAUAAAUUGAUAUUUUUAAUCUUUCUGAAUCCUCGUCAAUAACAAAAAAGUUUUGAAUUUUAGGGUUUCGAGUAACAUUGAAAAAAAUUCGAAUAAAUUGACAACUUUCAAUCUUUCUGAAUCUUCCUCAAUACCAAAAUAGUUCCAUAUUUCGGGUUAAGAGUUCCCUCGCAAAUUUGAAUCACGGUGGAAACACCGUGGAAGUGUAAACACCGUAGAUCCAUCGUGGUUACACGAUGGGUUUGUUCCAUUUCACCACCGGGUAUACACAGUGUAUCCACUGUGAUUACGCGGUGUAUCCACCGUGAUUCCACGGUGGCUUUGU